CAGCUGCAUGUUCAAGAUUCAGUGUAGCGGGACUUCCGAGAGCCGCCAGUGUUCCAAGAAAAGCUGCCCGGGGCUGGAAGGCGCCCUUCGGCCCCGGAACCUUUGGUUCCCGACCGUGGGCCGCGCCGGCAACGACAGGGGCCUUCCGGGGAGAGGAGUCGGCGCGCGACGAUGGCGGCGCCGGCCCUGAAGCACUGGCGCACUACGCUGGAGCGGGUGGAGAAAUUCGUGUCGCCGCUCUACUUUACCGACUGUAACCUCCACGGCAGGCUCUUCGGGGACAGCUGCCCGGUGGCCGCGCUCUCCAGCUUCCAGACGCCCGAGAGGCUACCGUACCAGGAGGCGGUCCGGCAGGAGUUCCGCCCCGCGCAGAUCGGCUACAGCUUUGGACCCACAUGGUGGACCUGUUGGUUUCGGGUGGAGCUGACCAUUCCGGAGGCAUGGGUGGGUCAGGAAGUUCACCUUCGCUGGGAAAGUGAUGGAGAAGGCCUGGUGUGGAGAGAUGGAGAGCCUGUCCAGGGUUUGACCAAAGAAGGGGAGAAGACCAGCUAUGUCCUGACUGACAGGCUGGAAGAAGGAGACCCCCGGAGCCUGACCCUCUACGUGGAAGUAGCCUGCAAUGGGCUCCUGGGGGCCGGGAAGGGAAGCAUGAUCGCAGCCCCUGACCCAGAGAAGAUGUUCCAGGUGAGCCGGGCUGAGCUGGCUGUGUUCCGCCGGGAUGUCCACAGGCUCCUGGUGGAUCUAGAGCUGCUACUGGGCAUAGCCAAGGGCCUUGGGGAGGACAACCAGCGCAGCUUCCAGGCCCUGUACACAGCCAACCAGAUGGUGAACGUGUGUGACCCUGCCCAGCCUGAGACCUUCCCAGUGGCGCAGGCCCUGGCCUCCAGGUUCUUCGGCCAACGUGGAGGAGAAAGUCAACAUACCAUCCAUGCCAUGGGGCACUGCCACAUUGAUACAGCCUGGCUUUGGCCCUUCAAGGAGACUGUGCGAAAAUGUGCCCGGAGCUGGGUGACAGCUGUGCAGCUCAUGGAGCAGAACCCUGAAUUCAUCUUUGCCUGCUCCCAGGCGCAGCAGCUCGAGUGGGUAAAGAGCCACUACCCUGGCCUGCAUGCCCGACUCCAGGAGUUCGCCUGCCGCGGGCAGUUUGUGCCUGUGGGGGGCACCUGGGUGGAGAUGGAUGGGAACCUUCCCAGUGGAGAGGCCAUGGUGAGGCAGUUCCUACAGGGCCAGAACUUCUUCCUGCAGGAAUUUGGGAAAAUGUGCUCUGAGUUCUGGCUGCCAGACACGUUUGGCUACUCGGCACAGCUCCCCCAGAUCAUGCGCAGCUGUGGCAUCCGGCACUUCCUGACCCAAAAACUGAGCUGGAACUUGGUGAACUCCUUCCCGCACCAUACUUUUUUCUGGGAGGGGCUGGAUGGCUCCCGUGUGCUGGCCCACUUCCCACCUGGUGACUCAUAUGGGAUGCAGGGCAGUGUGGAGGAGGUGCUGAAGACCGUGGUCAAAAACAGGGACAAGGGGCGGACCAACCACAGUGCCUUCCUCUUCGGCUUUGGGGAUGGGGGUGGUGGCCCCACCCAGACGAUGGUGGACCGCUUGAAGCGGCUGCACAACACAGAUGGGCUGCCCAGGGUGCAGCUAUCUUCUCCGGGGAGACUCUUCUCGGCACUGGAGACCGACUCAGGGCAGCUGUGCACAUGGGUUGGGGAGCUCUUUCUGGAGUUACAUAAUGGCACCUACACCACCCAUGCCCAGAUCAAGAAGGGAAACCGGGAGUGUGAGCGGAUCCUGCAUGACGUGGAGCUGCUCAGCAGCCUGGCUGUGGCCCGCAGCGCCCAGUUCCUGUACCCGGCAGCCCAGCUGCAGGACCUCUGGAGGCUCCUGCUCCUGAACCAGUUCCAUGAUGUGGUGACCGGCAGCUGCAUCGAGCUGGUGGCAGAGGAAGCCAUGUGCCACUAUGAAGACAUCCGUGCCCAUGGCAACACACUGCUCAGUGCUGCAGCCGCAGCCCUGUGUGCUGGGGAGCCAGGUCCUGAGGGCCUCCUCAUUGUCAACACGCUGCCUUGGAAGCGCACUGAAGUGUUGGCCCUGCCCAGGCCUGGUGGGGCCCACAGCCUAGCCCUGGUGACAGUGCCCAGCAUGGGCUAUGCUCCUGCCCCCACCUCAUUGCAGCCCCUGCCGCCCCAGCAGCCCGUGUUUGUAGUGCAAGAGACUGACGGUUCUGUGACUCUGGACAACGGCAUCAUCCGGGUGAGGCUGGACCCAACCGGCUGCCUGACGUCCCUGGUGCUGGUGGCCUCUGGCAGGGAAGCCAUUGCUGAGGGCACUGUGGGGAAUCAGUUUGUGCUGUUCGAUGAUGUCCCCCUGUACUGGGAUGCGUGGGAUGUCAUGGACUACCAUUUGGAGACACGGAAGCCAGUGCGGGGCCAGGCAGGGACCUUGGCAGUGGGCAUCGAGGGUGGCAUGCGGGGCAGUGCCUGGUUCCUGCUGCAGAUCAGCCCCAACAGUCGGCUCAGCCAGGAGGUUGUGCUGGAUGUUGGCUGCCCCUACGUCCGCUUCCACACCGAGGUGCACUGGCACGAGGCCCACAAGUUCCUGAAGGUGGAGUUCCCCGCCCGUGUGCGGAGCCCCCAGGCCACCUAUGAGGUCCAGUUCGGGCAUCUGCAGCGGCCCACCCACCACAACACCUCCUGGGACUGGGCUCGAUUUGAGGUGUGGGCCCACCGCUGGAUGGAUCUGUCGGAGCACGGCUUCGGGCUGGCCCUGCUCAAUGACUGCAAGUAUGGCGCCUCAGUCCGAGGCAACGUCCUCAGCCUCUCACUGCUCAUUCCAGGAUGCUGGCGUUAUCCCCGCUGCCUACAGCCUCAACUUCCCCCUGUUGGCGCUGCCUGCCCCGGGCCCGGCGCCCGCUGCCGCCUGGAGCGCCUUCUCGGUGUCCUCGCCUGCGGUAGUGUUGGAGACGGUCAAACAGGCAAGGGGCCGCGUGGCGCCGGGGGCGGGGUCCCCGGCUGGGCCCACCCUCGGCCCCGCCCACCGCCCGCCUCCCUCCGCAGGCGGAGACCAGCCCCCAGGGCCGCACGCUGGUCCUCCGGCUGUACGAGGCCCACGGCAGCCACGUCGACUGCUGGCUGCACACGUCGCUGCCGGUUCAGGAGGCCGUCCUCUGCGACCUCCUGGAGCGGCGCGACCCCGCUGGCCACCUGCCCCUUCAGGACGACCGCCUGAAGCUCACCUUUUCUCCCUUCCAAGUGCAGUCCCUGUUGCUGGUGCUGCAACCCCCACCAAACUGAGCCUCUUGAGGGUGGGGUUUUGUUUGUGGAAGGCCUGGGGGGGCGGUGCUCACUUCCACCUCCCCAGCCUGAUUCAUCACCUCUUGAACAAUAAACCCUUGACUCAGGAA